UCUCUCCGCCCACCAAAUCCCCAUGGCUGGCGGCCCAAAAAAGCUCUUCCAUGGGCCGUCUUCGUGCGCCCUUUCUCGCGCGGCCCUGCGCUAAAUAGACUUUUCGCCCAAGUUUAUAGGAAUAAAUCCACUUUGACUCUCUCAAAGUAACCGGAAUCUAAUACAUAACCCUAAACCGUAAAACCGGAUAUUUCGACCCCCGAACUAUUGAAACCGGUGCAAUUUGACUCCCCGAGAGGUUUUGGAGAGCGGUUUCGCUGAUGUGGCACUCACUAACAGGUGGGUCCCACAUGUCAUACUCUCUUUCUUUUUUCCCUUCUCUUUCUCUUCUUUCUCCUCUAUUCAUCCGUGACCGUAGCCGUCGUCGCCUCCCCACGGCCGUAGCCAACGCGGUCCCGCGCCUGUGGUCGUCGCCGACGUCGACGCCUCCCUGCGGCUGCGUUUGCCGCCAACACAGCCCGCGCCCAUGACCGUCGCCGUUGCCUCCCCACGGCCGCGUCCGCAGCCGACGCAGCCCCGCACGUGUGGUCGCCGCCAACGCCGACGCCUCCUCGCGGCUGCCGCCAUCGCCGCUUCAGCUCCCUCCAUUUCGAUGCACACUACCUGCAGCUCACGCCGGAGCUCCACGCCAGCCUCUUCGACGACGCUGUCCGGCCAAUCUUGUUGCUCCCGUCGACACCAAGCGCCGGAACUACUAUGGCCCCGAGAAGCCGUUCCACGGCGGCCUCCCGGGCGUCGACGCUUACGAGAGCCUAGCCAUCAUGGCUGGCCUCAAGCCCGAGAACGUCCACGCCUUCGUCGAUAUCAUUUGUCCCUGCGGCAACGAUGACUUCUGAUACACAGUGAGAUCGUUCAUGGCGCGGCGAACCGCAUCUAGUUUUGUGCAAGAUUUAAUUGCAGUGCCACAUAAGCACCACGCGAGACCAAGACCAAGUCAACACCGCCACAUCAACGCCACGUCAGCAAAACCACUCUCUAAAACCGCUGGAGGAGUUAAAUUGCAUUGGUUUCAAUAGUUGGGGAGUCAUCCUAUCCGAUUUUUGGUUGAGGGGUAUGAAUUAGAUUCGGUCUAUUUUUAAGGGACUGAAAGUGAACUUUUUCCAAGUUUAUAAUCACUAGUCAAUGUGUAAUAUCAAAAUGGGCCUUGAAUUUACGGCCCAGCAGCAGCCGCAGCGACCAAAAAUCUCCGGCGCGUCGAGCACGGCCCGCCACCUCCAUCCAUGGCAUGGCCGCUCUCCACGCCCUCGUCGCCGGCGCCGCCACCGUCACCCAUCUCCGGCAGAUCCACGCCCAUCUCCUCACCUCCGGCCGCCUCGCCUCCCUCGGCCCCGAACUCCUCCGCCGCCUCGUUGCGCUGCCCAACCCCGGCCGCCAUCUCCCCCUCGCCCGCCGCCUCCUCCUCUCCCUCCCAUCCCCGUCUCUCGACCUCUUCAACCUCCUCCUGCCCCCGCUCGCCUCCUCGCCCGACCCCUCCGACGCCGCCCACCUCUUCCUCCGCCUCCGCCGCGGGGGGUUCCGCCCCGACGCGCACACGCUUCCGCACGUCCUCAAGGCCCUCGCCCGCCUCGCCCCGGGAUCCCUCCCGCUAGUUGGCUCCGUGCACUCGGAGGCCGUCAAGGAUGGCCUCGCCUGCGCGGUGGUCUACGUCCCGAACGCGCUCAUGGCCGCCUAUUCGGCCUGCGGCCACCUGGAGCGCGCCAGCCAGGUGUUCGACGAAAUGCCGCGGCGCACCGUCGUGUCCUGGAACACUGCCCUCACCGCCUGCGCGGACAACGACCGCCACCAACUGUGCAUUAAGCUGUUGUCGGAAAUGCUAGAGGCUGGCUCCGUGCCUGACCCGACCACCUUCGUGGUCAUGCUGUCCGCCGUGGCCGAGCUGGGUAACCUGGCGCUCGGCAAGUGGGCGCAUGGGCAGGUUCUCGCGCGGAGGCUGGACAUGACUCUUCAGCUUGGAACAGCUGCAGUGAACAUGUACUCCAAGUGUGGCGCGGUAAGCUACGCCCUGCGCUUGUUCGAAAGGAUGCCUGCUCGGAAUGUCUGGACAUGGACUGCGAUGAUCGUAGGGUUUGCACAGAAUGGUUUGGCUCCGGAAGCGUUGGAGCUGUUUGACAGGAUGAAACUCUCAAUGGUCAUGCCAAAUUAUGUUACAUUUCUCGGCCUGCUCACUGCGUGUAGCCAUGCUGGUCUAGUUGAUGAGGGGCGCCGGUUCUUCCACGAAAUGCAGCAUGUCUAUGGCAUCAAGCCGAUGAUGACACACUACAGCGCCAUGGUUGAUGUCCUAGGGCGCAAUGGUCUCCUCCAUGAAGCUUAUGACUUUAUUGUAAGAAUGCCAAUUGAGGCCGACCCAGUUGUCUGGAGGACAUUAUUGGGCGCCUGCCAGCUGCAUAGCUCCAAGGAGUGCAUUGAGAUUGUUGACAAGGUGCAUGACAGAUUGCUGGAGCUAGAGCCCAUGAGAAGCGGGAACUACGUGAUGGUUGCGAACAUCUACUGUGAAAUUGGAUCAUGGGACGAGGCGGCGAAGGCAAGGAGGGUGAUGAGGGAAGGAGGGAUGAAGAAGAUGGCAGGAGAGAGUUGUGUUGAGGUAGGAGGACGGGCACAUCGGUUCAUCAGCGGGGAUGAGUCUUGCCCUGAGUUUCAUGGGGCUUGUAGGAUUAUCCAUGAAUUGGAUCUCAACAUGAGAGAAUGUGAACCCACUGACCCAAUUUUAUCAACUGACAAUGAUGCUGACUAGCUUUCGAAUUGCGUGCAUUCUUUU